AUGGGGUUUUCACCACUGUCCCUCUCUCAAUCUCUCUCUUUCAUUAUGUUUCUCUUCCAUUUCCAUUCAACAAUUUCUUCAUCUCAUUUCUGUGCUCCUGACCAAAGUCUUUCUUUGCUCCAAUUCAAAGAAUCCUUUUCCAUUAAUAGCUCUGCUUCAGGGCGUUGCCACCAUCCCAAGACAGAGUCCUGGAAAGAGGGUACAGGCUGCUGCUUGUGGGAUGGGGUCUCUUGUGACAUGAAAACAGGGCAUGUCACUGCACUGGACCUCUCAUGCAGCAUGCUUUAUGGCACCCUCCAUUCCAAUAGCACCCUCUUCUCCCUGCAUCAUCUUCAAAAGCUCGACCUCUCUGACAAUGAUUUCAAUAACUCCCAUAUUUCUCCUCGAUUUGGCCAGUUUUCCAAUCUGACACUUCUUAACCUAAAUUCCUCAGUCUUUGCAGGUCAAGUUCCGUCGGAAAUCUCUCAUCUCUCCAAAUUGGUUUCACUUGAUCUCUCUGGAAACUACGAUCCAAGUCUAGAACCAAUUUCUUUUGCCAAGCUUGUUCGAAAUCUAACCGAACUUAGAGAACUCGAUUUGAGUCGGGUAAACAUGUCAUUGGUUGCACCCAAUUCCUUGACGAAUCUGUCCUCUUCUUUGUCAUCUCUUUCCCUUUGGGGUUGUGGAUUGCAGGGGAAAUUCCCAGGUAACAUCUUUCUCCUCCCAAAGCUUGAAUCACUGGAUAUGUCAUACAACAACCGCCUCACUGGCUCUUUUCCUUCGUCCAAUUUGAGUAAUGUCCUCUCUUCGUUGGAUCUUUCUAAUACAAGAAUUUCAGUUUAUUUAGAAAACGACUUAAUCAGUAAUCUAAAGUCAUUAGAAUAUAUGUAUCUCCGUAAUAGUAACAUUAUAAGGUCAGAUUUAGCCCCGCUUGGUAAUCUCACACAGCUCAUCCUUUUAGACUUCUCAAGUAACAAUUUUAUAGGUGAAAUCCCAUCAUCACUUGGAAACCUUGUACAACUCCGUUACCUGAAACUCGAUUCCAAUAAAUUUAUGGGUCAGAUUCCAGAUUCUUUGGGUAGCCUUUUAAAUCUAAGGACUCUAAGUUUAUAUGGUAACUUGUUCAAUGGAACAAUACCAUCCUUUUUGUUUGCUCUUCCUUCUUUACAAUAUCUUGACCUUCAUAACAAUAAUCUCAUAGGCAAUAUAAGUGAACUCCAACACGAUUCAUUGGUAUACCUAGAUUUGAGCAAUAACCACUUGCACGGUCCGAUCCCAAGUUCGAUUUUCAAACAAGAGAACUUGGAAGUCCUUAUUCUUGCGUCCAAUAGUAAAUUGACAGGUGAGAUUUCUUCUUCUAUUUGCAAGCUGAGAUUCCUUCGGCUCCUGGACUUGUCCAACAACAGCUUGAGUGGUUCUACGCCACUAUGUUUGGGGAACUUCAGCAACAUGCUCUCCGUAUUGCAUCUAGGCAUGAACAAUCUUCAAGGCACCAUCCCUUCAAUAUUUUCAAAGAAUAAUAGCUUGGAAUAUCUCAACCUCAAUGGAAAUGAAUUAGAAGGGAAAAUACCACCGUCUAUCAUCAGCUGCACAUUGUUGGAAGUUCUUGAUCUUGGCAACAAUAAGAUUGAGGAUACAUUUCCCUACUUUCUAGAAACGCUUCCAAAGCUCCAAAUUCUUGUCCUAAAAUCCAAUAAACUCCAAGGUUUUGUGAAAGGUCCGACUACAUAUAAUUCCUUCUCUAAAUUACAGAUUUUUGAUAUCUCUGACAAUAAUUUUAGUGAGUCGUUGCCAACAGCGAGAAUCGACGACUUGAAGCUUCGGUGGCAGCCGACGAUCGCGGCCCUUUUCCGGCUAAAUGGGGCGGAUAAAACGCUUAAACCGGCCGGGGUUUUGCUUUAUAUGAGGAUAGAGACGUUUCUGUGGUGGUUUGGAAGCUUGAGAUGGCCGGAGAUGGGAGAUCGGAGGAGAGAGAGGGAGUCACCGACAAGAGGAGAGAGAUGCUCUGGGUUAUGCUACGGUGAGAAUGUUAGCACGGUUGAUCGGACGGUCCAGAUGAACGGAGGUUUGAUCGGGUGUAACGCGGUACACCGAAAUCGCGGUACACCGGUUGACGUGGCGCAACGGGAUCAAAGCUUAGAUUAUUUCAAGGGCUGA